UACAACACCAAUACCUUAUCCAGAGCCUCAUCACUAACAUGGGCCAACAUAAUAUAGCACACCUCAUCUUUCUCAGGUGAAGUUAACCCAGCCUUACCUAUUGCCCUUUUCACAUGUCAUGGCGCAUUCAACACAUCAUCUACAUCCUCCCUCCUAUCCAGCACUCCAGGAUGCUCCGCCUCCUCUGACAAAUGUAGAGCUAUGCACUGAAACGAACACUUUGGCCAUCAUCUCUGCUUUCUCCUCAGCUGUUACUGCCACAUCCUUCCCACUCUUCAACACUGGAUAAUCCCACUCCCUUCUGACCCCACUCAUCCUUUUAAUCAUCUCCCACACUCCUCCCACAGGGGCCGCCCUUCCAAUGGUGUCACAGAACCGACGCCAACAUGACGGAUAGUUCUCCUCUUCAGGGUUCUGGUGGUUUCCCAAACUCUGUCCCGUGUGUCCGUUUUGGGCUGAUUAAAAUAACCAACUCAUAAUUACGCUUUGAUUAUUUGUAUCAGCUGUGUUGCGUUAGAGAGCAACAACCAAAACGUGCACCCAGGACCAGAGUUUGGGCAAAACCCCAGACGAGGUGAACCAUCCGUCAUGCAGAGGUCUGGUGGAGAUGACGUAGAUCCCCCCACAGUCGGCUGACUCUCCGCGGUAGAUGGCUGUCAGUUGGGGCUAACUCACCGUUGACAACGAUAACAUUCAGACUAUAUUCACAAGACAGAAAUAUCAAUACCAAAAUGGAUCAACAGUUUGAGGAAAUAGAUUCGUCUGGGCAGUGGCAAAACCUUUAUAAUGAAAUCCGAAACCAAGCCAGCGACUACUCAUAUAAGGUGGCAAAACUUCCAGAGAAUCAGAAUCGAAACCGAUAUAGAGAUGUCAGCCCCUAUGAUCACAGUCGCGUUAAACUUGAAAACUCUGAAAAUGACUACAUCAAUGCAAGUCUAGUCAUGGUGGAGGAAGCCCAAAGAACCUAUAUUCUGUCUCAGGGCCCCUUGAAGAACACCUGCGGUCACUUCUGGUUGAUGGUCUGGGAGCAGAACUCCAAAGCUGUUAUAAUGCUGAACAGAAUCAUAGAGAAGGGGUCUGAGAAGUGUGCUCAGUACUGGCCUACAGCUGAGGAACAGCAGCUGUCUUACACGGACACAGGGUUUGUCGUGACGCUAGUGAAGGAAGAGGACAAGUCCAACUACAUCAUACGAGUGUUGGAGCUGAGGAACACAGAGACAGGAGGAACCACAGAGAUAUACCACUUUCACUACACCACCUGGCCUGACUUUGGCGUCCCAGAAUCCCCGGCCUCUUUCCUCAACUUCCUGGUCAAGGUGCGGGAGUCUGGCUCAUUGGGGCCGGAGCACGGGCCCUCCGUGGUCCACUGCAGCGCUGGGAUUGGACGCUCGGGGACCUUCUCGUUGGUCGACACGUGUCUCAUCCUGAUGGACAAGAGGAAGGACUCGUCGUCAGUGGACAUUCUGAGAGUUCUGCUGGACAUGAGGGAGUACCGGAUGGGUCUGAUCCAGACUCCUGACCAGCUACGUUUCUCCUACAGGGCUGUCCUGGAGGGAGCCAAGAGCAUCAUGGGAGAGUGCUCUGCACAGAGCCAGAAGAGAGAGCUGUCCAGAGAGGACAGAGCGACAGUAUGUGAUUCACCGCCUGCCCCCUCCCAGGUGGCUCUCUGACACCCCCACCCCCCUCUACCCCCACCACGACCUUUAGACCCCCCACCCCACCACGGCCUUUAGAC